UUGCAAUAUUUUUGAUGUUUUUGACAUGUUGACUUUUGAACUCAAAGUACAAUUAUUAAUAGUUUAAUAAAAACUUGGUGUACUUGAUAUUUACCAUACAUACAUUUAGGGAAUUUAUAAAACUUCUGAGUUUUGUCUGAUCAUUACAAAUUAAAGUAGACCGAUUGAACAGUUUGUGUUGUGUUUUCAGGAAGAAAUUAAUUAUGGCUGCUAUAACCAAAACACGCAACUUUAAGAUAUUUCGUGGUUUAUCGUAUAACUACACUCCAUGCGUAAUUUCUAGUAGGAACCUAAAUCUUCAAGAAUACCACAGUAAGGAUUUGUUGCGGAAGCACCAAGUGUCAAUUCAGAACUUUCGUCUCCUCGACUCAAACUUGAAUCCAAACUCAUUAUCCGACUUUAAGGCUGAUGAAUAUGUAGUAAAAGCUCAAAUUUUAGCGGGUGGAAGGGGUAAAGGGCAUUUCAAUAAUGGUUUCAAAGGUGGGGUGCAUUUAACUAAAAAUCCAAAUGAGAUACUCAGCUUAGCUAAAAAUAUGAUUGGACAUAAGUUGAUAACAAAACAAACUCCAAAAGAAGGAAUACUUGUAGACAAGGUAAUGGUAGCGGAGAGUGUCAACAUCGUACGGGAGACGUACUUAAGUAUUAUAAUGGAGAGAACCUAUAAUGGUGCUGCGUUGGUCGCCUCUCCUGCUGGCGGCAUGGAUAUUGAAGCAGUUGCUGAGAAAACGCCACAUCUUCUCAAAACAGUCCCCAUUGACAUCCAUGAAGGCAUUACAGAUAAGAUGGCUAAGGAAGUUGCUGAAUUUUUAGAAUUCAAAGGCCCUUUGGUUAACAAAUGUGCUGAAGAAAUAAAAAAGCUAUGGCAACUGUUUCUAAAGGUUGAUGCAACUCAACUGGAAAUCAACCCAUUGGUGGAGACUGAUGAUGGCAGAGUUGUAGCAGUGGAUGCAAAAAUUAACUUUGAUGAUAACGCACAGUUCCGACAAAAAGAUAUAUUUGCCCUUGAUGAUACCUCUGGGAUUGAUCCUAGAGAGAAAGAAGCUGCUGAGCUCAACCUAACCUACAUAGACAUGGAUGGCAGUAUUGGAUGCAUGGUGAAUGGGGCUGGUUUAGCCAUGGCCACCAUGGACCUCAUCAUGUUAAGCGGAGGCAGACCAGCUAACUUCCUUGACCUUGGAGGAGGAGUCGGCCAAUCUCAAGUUUCUGCAGCUUUGAGAAUAUUGGAAUCUGAUCCUAAAGUGAAGGCUAUAUUUGUAAACGUUUUUGCUGGUAUCGUCAAUUGCGCGACAGUAGCCAAGGGAAUUGUGGCAGCUUGUAAGGAAACUCCUCCCAAACAUCCACUUGUGAUCAGGUUAGCAGGCACAAAUGCGGCACAAGCUAAAACGAUACUCGAGGAGUCUGGACUUCCCUUUAAGAUCAUUAAUGAUGCUGACGAGGCAGCAAAAACUGCUGUUGCGCUUGCACAGUAAUAAAGACGUAGCUAAAAUCAUUUUUAGGUUGAAUACAGACGAUCGCCUUUUCUCUGAAACAUAUUUUUAUGCAACAUAUUUAGACGGUUAGCAGCGUGUCCUGUUUUUAUGCUGACUCAUAGAGGCGUGUCCAAAAUCGGAGGAUUGCAUUUCGAAAUUCACAGGAUCAUUUUUUGUGAAUCAUUAAAAUAGUAAACAAUUGUUGUCCACUUUCAUUUUUCACAUAAAUAUUUGGUGGGCUAUUGUCGGUCGUCUGUGAGAGUCUAAUACGUUUUUACAUUUUGUUAUUAGAUAUUUAAAUUUAUAUAUAAAUAUAAUAGAAAUAUGCAUAUUGAAACAUGACAAUAUUAUGAAAACUAAAUU